AUGGACUAUUUGAGAGUCGCGCCAAAGCCCCGAUUUCUGUGCUCCUCGAUUGAAUCAUCGUCUCAUACCUUCUACAAUGACGGCGGUGUUGUUUACCUUUGUCAGGGACGCAUAGUCCCGAAGGUCAUGCUUCGGCCUCUGCCGGUGGAGAUCUGGUUGCUGAUUAUCAAUGAGCUCGGCGCCAAACGCGAAUACGAUGCGUUGAAAGCGUGCGCAGAGGCAUGUGAAGGAUUGAUUCAAGAGAGAGCGAUAGAGUGCAUUCCAGACCAACUCACAUUCAGGACGCCGGAGGAGGUUGGGAGCAUCAAUGUGAGGCAGCGCUGUGCGGGACCAGAGAAAGUGCACAUCGAGGGAGGGAGGCGUCGUGGCGAGGGCAGGAUCUCGAUCUGCCUCUGCCUGUGUGACGUCACGCCCAACGCACUCGGCUGGGCUGCUUCGGGCCAUGAUGUCCCUCUGCGCCCCCACAUGCUAUCGGAGUUGACAAAUGUUCACUUGGGCAUGGACUUCUCCCUGUGCUCUGAUCCCCGGUCUGUGCAUGACCUCCUCAUUCUAUUUCCCAGUCGCCGCCUGGAAGAGAUCAAAGCUUGCCUGUCCACGUCCUUGUGUUAG